AUAUCUUUGAGGGCAGGCUUGAGGCAGCCCUUGCAGAAGGUGGAGCUUAGCUUGGCCGUCAAAUCGUACAGAGAAGUUCUCAUAAGGGGAUUUAAGGUUGGCGAGGAACUCCGAUUGAGAUGAAGACAGUCAGGUGUGAAUGAUUGGAUCGACGGGAAAGCUAUUGGAAUCCGGAAGCUGAGUUCCAUUUCCGGUAAUCUGAUCUAGUAUCCUUGCAAUACAGCAUGGACAGGGAAAAAUUGUCAUCUAAACGCUCCAGAGACGAUCGUGAGUCUGCCAAAGACCACCGUGACCACAAGCACCAUGGGAGUCACCGAGAUUCCGAUCACCACCGCCGGCGCUCAGAUCGCAAAUCGUCCAGGCGUGAUGACCGUGAAACCUCUCGCGAACGCGAGAAAUCCUACGAUUCCCGGGACGAAAGAGAAGGUAGCCGCGACAGGAGCGAGAGAUCUUAUGAACCUAGAAUCGAAAGGGAAGGUAGUUCUGAUAGGGAUAGGGAAUCGAAGCGAGAUAGGGAGCGAAAACAUCGUGAAGUGAAGCGCGAGGGAUCGUAUGAGGAGAUGGAAAGCAAAGGUAGGACGAAGAGGAAGGAGAGGGACGAGAGCCAGGAAAGACGAGAGAAAAGAGCUAGGGUUUCAUCUGAUGAUGGAAAAGAGAGGAGGAGAUUCGAGGAUGGAGCAAAGGAAGGAGAGGGAAACAGAGAUGAAAACAGGGAGCGGAAAAGGUUUGAAGAUAAAAUGAAGACGGAAGUGGACAAUGGAAAGGAAGUUAAAGCAAACUAUUCUGAGUCUAAUGUUAACAAUGUAAUGAACGAUGAGCUUACUGAUGCUACUGCUGCCAAGGGGAGUGUGCCAGUUGAGAAUGGUGCCUCUCAUGGAUCAUCAUCAUCCACCAUUACUGUUGUAUUAAAGAAUGCUGAAAGCUCCAAGGCAUCUGACCACCACCUUACUACAAAGGUAUCUUCAACUUCUAGCCCAAAUGAAAAUAAGGGAGUUAGUAUUACAAGAUCUCAUGAGGUUAUUGGAACAUCAAGUACAGAUGCAACACCCUCAGCUGCUGGGAAAAAUGGUGGUAAUCUUUCACUUGAUGCUAUAGCCAAGGCUAAGAAAGCUUUGCAGAUGCAGAAAGAGUUGGCUGAGAAGUUGAAAAAGAUACCUACAUUAAAUAAGGUAGGUACCUCAAGUUCAGGAGCUAUUACUGGAACAGUUCAAGGAGGAACAAUUCCAUCAUCAGUUGCCCCUACAGCUGUUCCAACAGGUACUGAUGCAACAUCAAGCUCAUCAGCGUUACUGGCUGUUAGUCCUUCUGAGAAGCCACCAGCAAGUGGAGUGUCUGGCGUGCCUGGCCUUCCAGCAAUAUCCAAUUUAGAAGCUGUCAAACGUGCUCAAGAACUUGCUGCUAAGAUGGGAUUUCGCCAGGAUCCCCAGUUUGCUCCUCUUAUAAACCUAUUCCCGGGGCAGUUGCCAACAGAAGCUCCUGUUGCUCAGAAGCCUACGAAGGCCCCUGUUCUCCGUGUUGAUGCACUUGGUAGAGAAAUAGAUGAGCAUGGAAAUGUAGUGAAUCAGACAAAACCAAGUUACCUUAGCACCCUUAAGGUGAACAUUAACAAACAGAAAAAAGAAGCAUUCCAAAUUCUUAAACCUGAACUUGAUGUGGAUCCAGAAUCAAAUCCUCAUUUUGAUGCAAGGAUGGGUAUCAAUAAAAAUAAGCUUUUGAGACCAAAAAGGAUGACUUUUCAGUUUGUAGAGGAAGGGAAAUGGACAAAAGAUGCUGAGAUAAUCAAGUUGAAGAGUCAGUUUGGAGAAGCAGGAGCAAAGGAGCUAAAGGCAAAGCAAGCACAAUUGGCAAAGGUGAAGGCUGAUAUUAAUCCAAAUUUGAUAGAGGUGUCUGAAAGAGUUGUUGUCAAGGAAAAACCAAAGGACCCAAUACCUGAGGUAGAGUGGUGGGACCUGCCUCUUCUGGCUACUGGUUCAUAUGGUGAUGCUGGUGGCGAGGUGACUGAAGAUAAACUAAAGAUAGAUAAGAUCACUAUAUAUGUUGAACAUCCUCGUCCUAUCGAGCCUCCUGCUGAGCCAGCUCCUCCACCACCUCAACCACUGAAGCUAACUAAGAAGGAGCAGAAGAAACUCCGCACUCAACGGCGUCUAGCUAGGGAAAAGGAUAGACAGGAGAUGAUUAGACAAGGCCUUAUAGAACCCCCAAAACCAAAAGUUAAAUUAAGUAACCUGAUGAAAGUGCUUGGAUCUGAAGCAACUCAGGAUCCUACAAAGCUGGAAAUGGAAAUCCGUAGUGCUGCUGCCGAGCGCGAACAAGCUCAUGUUGACAGGAACAUUGCUCGGAAGCUCACUCCUGCCGAGCUCCGUGAAAAGAAGGAGAAAAAGCUUUUUGAUGACCCAAAUACUUUGGAAAUCAUUGUUUCAGUUUACAAGAUCAAUGAUCUUUCUCACCCUAAGACCCGCUUUAAAGUUGAUGUUAAUGCCCAAGAGAAUCGAUUGACUGGUUGUGCUGUGAUUUCUGAGGGAAUGAGCAUCGUAAUUGUUGAAGGUGGAAGCAAAUCCAUUAAAAGAUAUGGAAAGCUAAUGCUUAGGCGUAUUAACUGGGCUGAGGCCGUCAAAGAGGAAGAAGACGACGAAGUUGAAGACCAGGAUAAACCAGUUAACAAGUGCAUGUUAGUGUGGCAAGGUAGUGUGGCCAAACCAAGCUUCCACAAGUUCUCUGUUCAUGAGUGCAUGACUGAAGCUGCUGCCCGAAAAAUUUUCUCGGAUGCUGGAGUUGCUCAUUACUGGGAUCUUGCUGUCAACUUCACAGAAGAUUAAAAGUGUGAGUUUGACAGUGUUGUAAAAAGCAGAACUAGGCGGUGCCUAAGCUCUAGGCAGCGUCAUCUUGCCU